AUGAGUGCCGUGGCCACACUGUGCGUCAUCGUGGCCGGAGCGGCUGCCGUGCUGCUCGCAGCGGCCGGAUACCUGUGGGCCAGCCGGCUGCGUACUGGGGUGCCCGGACCACCCACUCUCCCCAUCCUGGGCAACUUGCUCUUCUUUCGGAAACUUCCUGUUGUCUACGAACACUGCAACAAGCUGCAAACACUGUACGGAAAUGUCUACAGGUUUUAUAUAGGCCCGGUGCUCAUUGUGGUGGUGACACAGGCGGAGGACGCGCAGAAGCUACUGGCAGGCACGAAGUUGCGAGACCGGGGCUCCUACUUAAUGCGGCCCCUUCGUCCAUUUCUGGGCAAUGGCCUCGUAACCAACAGCGGAGAGACGUGGAAGACUCAACGGAAGCUUAUCGAGCCUUGCUUCCAUUCUGAGGUGCUGAAGGGGUUCUCGGACGCCUACAACGAGGGAGCUCAGUACAUCUGCGACUACCUGAAGAGGGCGGGAGGUUCCCAGGUACAGCUGUACGAGCCGCUCUGCCUGCUGUCGAUGCGCACACUGGCCGCGUCCGUGUUCGGACUGCCGUUCGAGGAGAUGGUGCAGGACCAGGACACGCGAGAUAAGGUCACCACUGCGUUCAUGGAAGGUUUGCGUAUUAUCCAGAAAGUGCUUUUCCGACCCUGGUAUCACUCAGAAUUCAUCAUGUGGAGCACAGGAUUAAGUCAUAAGUUAGCAUCACAUACGUCUGUAACCAACAACCUAGUCAGACGUGCGAUUGCAUAUAAGAAGAUGAACAAAGUCAACUCGUCUUUCAACAGUAGGAAGGCCCUGAUGGACACCCUGAUGGAAUCCGAGAUACAGAUGAGUGACGAAGAAAUCUACGAUGAGAUACGCACAUUUCUGAUGGCCGGUACUGAAACGACCGCCUGUUCAAUUGGUUUCGCACUGGUGCUUCUAUCGCUGCACCCCGAGUGGCAGGAUGCAGCGCAAAAGGAACUGGACACUGUUUUCGGUACCGGAGAAGACUACCUGAGGUCCACAACGCCUGAAGAACUAGCGCAGCUCCCGGUCAUCGAAAGCAUUAUUAAGGAGACGCUGCGGCUGUACCCGCCGGUGCCCAACGCUUCAGUCGUCCUCUCUGAAGACACGCCCCUGGCCGGCGGUCGCUACGUCGCACCGAGAGGCGCCUACGUGCUGGUGGCGCUCCACUUGUUGCACCGGCAGCCGGACGUCUUCCCCGAUCCCGAAAAGUUCGACCCGUCGCGCUUCUUGGAGAACGGAGGGCCUGCGAGGAGCCCUUACGCCUACCUGCCGUUUGGCGCCGGAGCCCGCAAGUGUGUGGGAGCUCGCUUCGCGAUGCUCGAAAUUAAAACGGUGCUGGCCGCCGUUCUGCGCCAGUUCCGAGUGCUGCCUGGCUGUACGCGGAGGCAGCUGGACCAGGUGGGCAUCUCCACCACAGGCGUGCCCCUCAACGACUUCAAAGUCACGUGCAUUCCACGAACUGACUUGCCAGCUAGCCAAGCAAAGUAAUAUUUUGUAUUUUCCACAUUGGAC